UACAACAAAGAACCACCUUACAACCAAUUCCAAUUCUUCAAACCUCCAACUCAAUCCAACAUCUAUCAUCAUGCCUAUGCGCCGAACCCACCGCGCUCCCCGCACUGUGCGGACCACCCGCACCAAGCCCAGCCUCAAGACUAGACUCCUUGGAGGCGGCCGAACCACACGUGCUGCUCCCACUACCACGACGACUACGACCACGACGCGGACGACCCGCAGCACCGCCGCAGGAACUGGAGUGGGUGUCCAUCACCAGAAGCGUCAUGCCACAAUGGGUGACAAGGUCUCUGGUGCUCUGAUGAAGCUGCGUGGCUCUCUCACCCGUCGUCCUGGAUUGAAGGCUGCCGGCACAAGGCGAAUGCACGGUACCGACGGACGUAACUCGCGCCGACAAGUGUACUAAGAGGGCUUGGCGGAUGAUUUGAAUAGCUUCAGGUGGCUUUUGGCUUUUGCAGUUGGUGCUACUGAGGUGGCGGACAUGACUGUACGAUAGUACUUGAUGAUACCC